CUAUAUAAACUCAAGUCUUUGUUCUGAUGCGCAGUGUUGGCUUGAAUCGUCAUUUAUUCAAAACAAUUUUUUCCAAGAACAUCGAUCACAAGCAAAACUCAAGAAGAUGCUGCUGAAAUUGUUCUUGUGUUUGCUAGGUGUCGGCCUGUGUGCCAGCCAGAAAGUCAAUAUCGAGUCUCGUAUUAUCAAAGGCAACGAUGCUAAGAAAUGUGAAUUCCCUUGGAUGACCUUCAUCUAUAGCAAAGUUCAACAAUUUGGAUGCGGGGGCUCUAUCAUUGACAGCACCCAUAUUCUGACCGCCGCCCACUGUGUGGCUGCCCCGAACAAAACCGCGGAACCAAGUGCCAACCUUGACGUAUAUGUUGGGGCCUCGGCUCUAGAAGAUGCGAAAAUAUUACAAGUUAAAACGGUGAAGCCUCACGAAAAAUACAGCUUUAAAACAGCAGAAAACGAUGUUGCCAUACUGACUCUGGCAUCGCCAAUCACUUUUAAUGAUUGCACUAAACCGAUAUCUUUGGUAAAUGCCACCACAAAAUUGCCAAACACAGAUUGCACGAUCAUGGGCUGGGGAGCUACUACAGAUUCAAAAGAUGAUGAAGGUACCUACAGUCUCAAGUAUGCCACGGUGUCCAUUCUGAACGACAAUGAAUGCCAACAACACUACGAGCGAGUUUUUCGUCCUCCAUUACCGUCAUCUAUUUUCUGCGCUAAAGGAAUUCGUGGUUCAGACGUUUGCCAAGGGGACUCUGGUGGACCACUGGUCUGUAAAGAGAGUAAUGGAAAGUAUUUUGUCUAUGGCACUGUGUGUGGCGGCUACGAUUGUGGCAAAACAGCUAGCAUCUUCAUGAAAGUGUCCAGUUUCAUUCCAUGGAUCCAGAGCAAAAUCAGCAAUUGAAACAAUGAAAAAAAAACAGAUGUUUACAUCAUUGGUUAUAUAUUUUUAAUUUAACGAAAUACCUCAUUUAAAUUUGAAAGGUGAAUUAAGUAAGCAACUUUAAAGUAAACUGAGAUUUUUUAGAAUAUUUUUUUACAUUUUUUAUAACAUUUAAAGAAAAUUGUUUAUUAAAGUAAGAUUUAACCAUUAAACUCAAACUGAU